UUACGUAUAAAAUUUAAUUCUUUUUGGAAAACUAAUAAAAAUAUUUCUUUCAGACAUAUAAACGUUUUUUGUAUUUUUUUUUAACUUCGUCUUUUACUUUUUCUUGUUUUGUUAUCAGUUUGGGACAUUGACCCAGUAUUCUCAAUUGAUUUGUGUAAAAAAAUGAGAAAAAAAUGCCGUAUUUAAACAUACUACAGACCACAACACAACACCACACCAACCAACACCACCACCAUCCAUCCAUGAUGAUGAUGAUGCCAGUCAUACAAAUUUACGAAACGAAUCAGCCUAAAUCAAACCAAAACAAUCAACAGUUCACAUCGUUGUUGUCGUCUUCGUCAUCAGCAACAUCAGUUCGCCAUCAAAACACCAUUCGCUUUCGCAAAGUUAUUUAGGAGAUGCAACAGCAAAAAUAUAUUCAUUUGGCCUAAAUUAAAACCUAAUACGAUGAGAACUAAACCACCCAUAAAAACCAUAUUAGUGUAAAUAAAUGGAAUUUAAAAUCAAUUUAACAAUUCAUUUAUUUUAAUCAAGGUGUUUUCGAAAAACUAGACUAAAGUAAUAAACUUAAAACUCUAAUUCACCCCCCCCUUCAUUUACGAGAGAUAUUCGCAUGAAAUCUU